AUGCCGCAGGAGAGACGGGGGGUGGAUGGGAAGGGAGACCAGCACGUUUCUGACAUGAGCAGGAGGGAUGUGGAGGGUGAUACAAGCAGAGCUCCGCGAAAGCAUUUGCAGGAGCAAAGCUCUGGUGAGAUUUCCAAGGGAGGGGAGCAUGGUGGAAGGUUUUCUUCUGCUGUUGCCAACCUUGCAUCCGAGACGACUGCUUCUUGGAGCCCAAGCAGGAGCCAUCAGCUGUCCCCGCAAUCUCAUGAACAGGAAGGGCUUGGGGGAAUGGAUCUGCGAAAGGCAUCUUCUGAAAGGGUGGCGACCAAAUUUUUGAGUGCAGGCAGGGAGCAUGCUUCCAAGUCUGAUGCAGCACCCCCGUCGACGAAGUUCGUGGCGCUGCAAAGAGAGGAAAACAAGGAGUUUGAUUCGGAUGGUCAUUUGAGGAUGGCGGGCAAAUCAGGAGAACUUGGAGUGCAGGCUGGGCGGAGGGAUUCUGAUGGGGAUUCCCAGGGGAGACUGCAACGCAGCAACUCCGGUCAAAAGACUGCUGCUUCGAGCAGAGGUGAAGGGGCACAUCUGGGGCCCGCCUUGCAUCCAAGGGAGGUCCCAGAUUCUGUUGUGCCACCUGAUGCUCACACACAUGGGCAGCAAAUGAAGAAAGAGCAGCUAAAGAAAUCGAUUGCAGAGCUGGAGGCAAAGAAGCUGCAAGGCCUUGUGAACAACAAGACCCAGAAGAAUGGGUUUGCACCAUCUAGCUCCAACAAUCCCUUGGCCAUGAAGAAGCCAAGCAUCAGCUCUCGUCCACCUCAGUCGUAG